CUCGUGAAACCCAAGAUCGUCAAGAAGAGGACCAAGAAGUUCAUCCGCCACCAGUCGGAUCGCUAUGUCAAGAUCAAGCGCAACUGGCGUAAACCAAGAGGUAUCGACAACAGAGUGCGCCGGCGGGUCAAGGGUCGUCAGAUCCGGAUGCCAAACACCGGCUACGGCAGCAACAAGAAGACAAAGCACAUGCUGCCCUCGGGCUUCAGGAAGUUCCUGGUCCACAAUGUCAAGGAGCUGGAGGUGCUCAUGAUGAGCAACAAGUAA